UUGUUUUUUCAAAAUCACAUUUUGACCCUUAGAAAUUCAUCCUCGGGAACUUCUUUAAACACAAACGUUUUAAAUCACUCCUGGUCUAUGCAGGGAAUAUCGAUGCAAAACUUGGCAUGAAUAUUUUUAUAAAGAUUUUCCUAAUAUUCUGGGUAUAUGCCCUGAACGUUCUGUUCUGUUAAAGUUUAUAAGAGACUUUAUAUAAAGUAUAAUGGCCUUUUUAAUAUAAUGAUUUUAUAUUAAAGUGUCAUGACAUUAGGGCUGUACUUCCUUAUACUCGAGAAUCGUUCAAAUCGAACAAAUUAUUUACAUAUAUUAAUUCUAAAUCGCCCAACUUGGUCAAACAUAAAUUUCCCGCUCCCUUUUAUUCAGCGUUUUCCUUUGGUCGCCAUGACUACCCCUGAAUGGGGAAAAUCGAAAUUUUCCGCGUAUGCGCUCAUGUAUUUUACAUCGUUUUUCACCAUACAUAUAAUGGGAAGAACACAGUAGUAUAGACCUUACUCCCGUUUUAGAUUCUUUUUUUACGUUAAAUGAACGAUAACAUAGUAUGAAUGAAGGGUAAUUCGGUAAACUUACCGAUAACAAUUGCGUUGUUGAUGUUAUCGUUUAUGCCAUGGCCAGGGCCGUCCGUUUUCAAGAUUUCUUGUCCUCGAGAUAACGCCAGGAUCGUAAGGAAAGUGGUCAGGACCAAGUGGAUACCGCUUUUAGAGAAAUAUAAGGUGAAAUUACCUUUAGAAUGUCCCUUUCACCCGCAAAGGGACAUUUUUUAUCCGCAACAAGCGAUGAAAAAACAACACAGACCUUCGCAAUGGACCUGCGGCAUAUGCGGCAAAUCAUUUUUCGAAGAAAAGUUUCUAGACAUGCAUUUCGAUAAUCGGCAUAAAGGGAAAAUUAACCUGGCCGAAGACGCCGUAUGUCUGGCAGACUACUGUGAUAUAAUGCGUUGCGACGUGCUGAGUCUCAUAGAGCUCAAGUCAGAAACGUCAAAACCAGAGAACACCGACAUUGAGAUUUGGAGAGAGGCCUCGGCUUACUCGAAAGCCUUAGCCGCCCAGGGACCACGCGAUAUUGCCAAAUACGUGUUGCAAAAUGGACACUUGGGCUUGCAGCGGAGUGAAAAGAAAUGCGCGAUUGCCGGAACCUUAAAGUGCCAAAAGGCCGAGGAGAAGGAUGCUGCAAGCAUAAAGGGCAGCACAAACGACGAGGACGUUUUUCAGCAAAACUUUAGCAGCAACAACAAUCAGGUUUGUCAAAGCGACCUCGUCGACUCGGCUUUACCAGCACCGGACGAACGACAGCAACGCAUCGAUAAAAUUCAAAAACUGAAAGCCGACUGUAAACCUGAGGAACUUCAAAAGGUCAAAACCAAGUGCGAGAUUUUAGUUAGGGAUUGUAUAGCUAACCUAUUGAUACAACUUAGCGUUAAGGAUUUUAGGGAGAUUGAAGAGGAAUUAAACCGGGCAGUAUGUUGGUACCUAACGUGCGACAGAUACUGGGAAGAUUCCCAAGGUGACAUAAAAACGUUCCCCUGGGGAAUUUUGUGUAUGGCCUUCAUGCUCCUUUCGUUGGGUUUUUGCUUUUGUUAUUACGUCGUUUGGGUACUGUUCGAUAUUUCCAGUACCGACGAUGGGAGUGUCACGAGUGCGAGCAUGACGGAUCGGUCUACUCCGUCUCCCGCGCAUGCCCUGAGACCGGACGGCAGUACGACCAUUAUUGACGGGGUACACGUGUACUCCGAAGAUUAUAUCGGGUCGGACAAGGAUAGCGAUUAUAUUUAUGUCACGUAUCCUCCUGACUUGAAAAGAAGACUGUUAGAGAGGAAAUUUAUUUGUCACCCUCUAUAGUGAUUUAUCGUAGAUGGCUAGUAAUACCAUGUUAUUUUAUUUCCUUAGCUGCUACAAUCGAACCACGCGAUUGUGAGACUAGAAGACGUUAGGGUAGACGAGUGCUUUACUUUUUCUAUAAUAUAAAAAUGCUCUAAAAAGUUAUUUAAUUAUCCUAGAUUAGUAUUUUUUUUUAACAGACUGAUAAUUUGAAAAAAAAUAGUUCAAUUAGUAUUUAGUUUGUAUGUUUUAGAUUUUUUAAGAAUCCUUACUUCUGUGACCAUUUGCUUGAAAUAUUAAGCUGUAUAGUACCUAUAUUUUCCUAAAUUUCAUAAAAGUGUAAGCUCGAUAUACAUGAAUAAGAUAUUUAACAAUAUUAAAGAACACAUAUUUCGUGUCAUUUAUUUUACAGAAUCAAAUAAUGCUUAAGCAUUGAAAUAUCUACUUCGCAGUGGUGUUUUAAGGAUAGAAUUAUUAAUUAUUAGAAAGCAAGUAGUGAAAAAUAAGUUUUUGCAUUCAAGUUGGUAAAAUAAUAAUCUCUCUGGGAGAAUUGGUUAAUGGAAGAAUUUUGUGACAAAGUUGACUAUUUUGUCCGAACAAUUUUUUUAUGUAAAACUACAUCAAGCAAGAAACUCAAUAAGGCCAAAGGAAAUAAUGGUUAUAUAGGUUUAAUAAUUUGGUUAUUUGUCUGUUGUAGACUUUGUCUAGCUAAGGAAAGGUACAGCACGUGUUGUUCGGCUCGGUUGCGCAGUAAAUUUGUUUACGCUGCCAAAACAACGGUAUCGAUCGCCCCGAUUUGCAUAUAAACAGUGCCAUUGCGUUAAUUCUCAUAUUUGUGUUCUGUGCCUUUAAAUUAAAUUAAAAAAAGGCGCGCUACUGUCGCUAAUCGCGCGUUAUUAGGGGACAAAACUUGGCGCAGCUUUAAAACAGAUGGUGUACCUUUCCUUAGCUAGACAAACUCUACGUGUUACAUUUUGUGAUUUUUUAAAAAUGGACCCAAAACUAAAAAAAAUAUAUAAUAAAUGUUUGUUAGAUAA